AUGACAGUGAUGUCGCUUCCUCUCCAGGUUAUCCAUCCAAAUGGAUUAAUCUCUGAGAUAACGUCGCUUUCAGAUAAUGGUGUCGUUUUAUUCAUUUUAUACGCUUUCAUGUUGUAACCUGCUGUAACACUUAGUACCAAUACCUAUACUGACAGAAGAAGUCUUUGUUUCAUUAACUUUGUUAAUUAGGAACGUGUGAGUGCUGCUUCCGCACUGAUCAAUACCGCAGCUAGAAACGAAGUAUCAUUAGCAGUUAAGCAACCAAGACAAUUAUUAGCAUAAUAGCCAUCUUCUGAAGGUGUUUAGGCCUAGAUGUGA